CGUCUUCGGAUAAAUGGGGAGAAUCACAUGCGUCCCUGCUCCUCGGGGGAAGGGGGGCGGUCACCCGUGCCGUGACCAAGCGGAUGAAAAAGAAGCGCAGUUUUCCGUGCGGCGGUGUCUAUUGAAUAGGGGCGUCGGGCGCAGAGAGAAGGGUAUCCUGAACCGCUCAUGUUUUCUUCCAUCGUAGUUGCUCUUUAAAUCAGCAGAUGCCCUUGUUCUGUAUUAAAGUAUAACUGUUUAAAACAUCGUUUGGGUUGAACAGUCUAUUGUUCAGAGGUUUAACAACUUUUACUAAACCAGCGCAAGAUGACCUCCUAUAUUCUUCUGCUGAUUUUGGCAGUAGGUGGUUUUUUGGAGGCUAGAAAUGUGCUUCCCCGAGAUGUGCAACAACCUGCUUUGGAAACUGCGCUGGACAAGGCUGCAGGUGUCCUGCCAACUGGAGAAGAGGGUGUUAGUCGUAGGCUUCAUUUAAUCCGAAACCAAGGUCUGGAGCAAAGCGAUCCCUCGGCUUUAAGAUCGGAUACUGACCACAAGAGAGUCCCACGGGGCGCAAGAGAUGGGGGCGGCAAAAAGCGGGACCAGCAGCCCUCUUUCAGCGUCAGGUAUCCCCGACCGUAUGAUCCUAACGAUUAUUUCACGACCCCGAGAUCUGUGCAUCUAUCCAACGCCACGAUGCACCUCGGAGGCGACAGCGGGAUUACUAGGAACUCGCCCUGGGAGGAAAGUGCAGGGAACAGCUCCGUGCAGAAAGGCACAACUCGCAUCCACAACCCCUUGUAUCCGGUGACCGACAGCUCGUACAGCGCCUAUGCGGUGAUGCUCCUGUCCCUCGUCGUCUUCGCCGUGGGCAUCGUGGGCAACCUGGCCGUGAUGUGCAUCGUGUGGCACAACUACUACAUGAAAAGCGCGUGGAACUGCAUUCUUGCAAGUGUGGCCUUCUGGGACUUUAUGGUGCUUUUCUUCUGCUUGCCCGUCGUCAUUUUUAACGAAUUGACGAAGAAACGGCUGCUGGGAGACUUUUCAUGUAGGAUCGUUCCGUACAUGGAGGUGACCUCUCUGGGCGUGACCACCUUCAGCCUGUGUGCCCUGGGCAUCGACCGCUUCCACGCAGCCACGAGCACACAGCCGAAGGUGCGGCAGGUGGAGCAGUGCCAGUCUAUCUUGGCCAAGUUGGCCGUGGUGUGGGUAGGGUCUAUGGUCUUGGCCCUGCCUGAGCUGCUGUUGUGGCAGAUAAGCCGGGACGUGUCGUCGGUGACCGGCGAUCUGGUGGACUCUUGUUCCAUGAAGCCAUCGCUGAGUCUCCCCGAGUCCAUCUACUCUCUGGUGCUCACCUACCAUGACGCCCGCAUGUGGUGGUACUUUGGCUGUUACUUCUGCUUGCCCGUGCUCUUCACCGUUGCCUGCCAGCUGGUGACCCGGCGCAUCGCCGGCAGUGCCAGCCGCAAGCUGGACGAGCUCCCGCCCAGCGCCACGUCCUCCGGGCCACAGAAGCAGCAGCUCCACAGCCAGAGGGAACGGCAGCUCAACUGCACCGUCAUGGCGCUGGCGGUCGUCUACGGCAUCUGCACGCUGCCCGAGAACGUAUGCAACCUGGCUGUGGCUUACUCCACGACGCAGGUGUCGGCCUCCACCCAAGCCCUUCUCAGCCUCAUCAACCAGUUCUUCCUGUUCUUCCGCUCCUCGGUGACACCCGUACUCUUGCUGUGCCUGUGCCGCUCCCUGGGCCAGGCCUUCAUGGACUGCUGCUGCUGCUGCUGCGAGGACUGCCUGCCAGACGGCACCCCCACCCCCAGCUCCUCCGGCCCCAGCAGCCCCGCUGGGGAUUCCAAGCUCAAGGUCGAAGUAGCCCCCUCCAUCUUCUACGACAAGGCCAAGGACAGCUCCUCCAUCCUGGCCAUUGGGACAACUUGCUGAAGCAGCCCUCCUUGAACCUUCCCAUUUACUCUGACCCACAAUGCCCCCCGCCAGCCCCCAGGCCAGAGCCCAGACAGACAGGAAAUAUCAGUGUAUCAGAAUGCCUAAAGGCUCAUGCAGAAUAUGGGAAGCCUCCUUCCUGCCCUCUAAUUCAUAAUGUAAUUAUGUUAUAUAAUUAAUAAUGCAGUGCUAAAGCAGCCUCCUCUUAACAUAGCUGUUAAAUGACAAUGACCACUAACACUGUAUCAUAACAAUCAGCAUGGAAAAUGCUUUUGAUCACUCUUUGAUCCCUGACUGUCCUGCUAGCUGUGCAGCUCCCAGCCCAAACAUGGGCUGAAUGUGCAUUGAAUGUGCAGCAUACAUUAGUGUUUCAGGUCUAUACAAGAUCCCAGGAUGGACUGACUACUACAACGGGUGCACCAUUUACUGUGUGUUGGCUGUGUGUUUCAGUUUGUGACAAGGUGCUAGCCCCUUUUAAAGUCCUGUAUAUAGUGUCCCCUAACGCCUGACCCAUCUGUGGAAUCAGGUGGAGUCUGAAGGUCUCGUCACCAGCUACCAACCACAGUGCUUAAAGAAUAUAAAUGCAUUUAUAUGCUAUUGCUGGGACUUCUUGGCCAAAAUAAUAGGGCCAGGUGACAUGGGACACUGUGUGCCACACUUCCAGUCCUUUGAUGGGGGGCGUGCUGUAUAACCUGAUGUUGCUGCACUGAAAUUGCCUUUAACAGUCCACCGAAUGUGCGAGUUCGAAGCCGUCCCUUUAGCGAAACGCUCUGUCAUUAGGGGCAUGUGUUAGAGUAACCGAAAAUAGGUCCUAACAGGUCCAAAUGCAGAAACAUUGUUAAGAAAGACACAAAAUGAAGACGGUUGGUGACUUUUGUAAAGUCCCGCUACAGAACAAAAAAAUCUGAAAAUUGUGUAUAUACUUUACAGAUUUAACAUGCUGUAGACAUAUGGUAGAGGUAUGUCCUGAAAGUAUACAAGCUGUGUUGUGACGUAAAACACAGCCACUGUAAUUACAGUUUUACUUUAUUACCCUUCAUUUUUCAAAUAAACUAUUUAGAAUAGUAAAUGCU